UUCCCAUGUCAGUGCAGGCAGAGGUGAUCCCGGCCAUCUUGGACGGAGCUAAACAUGGCCUACUGAUGGGUAGAGGAGGUCACAGACCCAGGGAUAUCUGUGUGUCCGCUCCCACAGGCAGCGGCAAGACGCUCUCAUUUGUCAUACCUGUGAUCCAGGCGCUGAUGGAGCGGGUGGUGUGUGAAAUCCGGGCUCUGGCGGUGCUUCCAACCAAAGAGCUGGCCCAGCAGGUUUACAGAGUGUUUGCAUCGUAUGCUGAAGGAACGCCCCUCAGGGUGGCGCUGCUGGUGGGUCAGAGGUCACUGGCUGCAGAGAGCGCGUCACUGUCAGAGCAAAGAUCAUAGAUAUAGAGGAGAAGGAUCUAUAG